CGGCCCAUUGCGAGGGUGACAGGAAACCCUGUGCAGGGAGCGUCGCCAUCUUGGACCUGCCCGAGGAAGAUCCUGAGGGAGCUGCAAGAACAGUCGCCGCUACCGCCGCUCUUGCCACCAUCGUGUCUGCUUCUUCUCGGCCAGCUCGCUAUCUGCCGGGGCCUCGGCCGACCGCCCCCGCCCCUCCCCGGCUGCGCCCGCACUCCGCUUCCUCGCCCUGACGCCCCCCGUCCCGCCCGGAAAGCUGCCCAGCCACCAGCAACCCCCCAGUGCCACCAUGGCAACUGCACCAUACAACUACUCUUACAUCUUUAAAUAUAUUAUUAUUGGGGACAUGGGAGUAGGAAAAUCAUGCUUGCUUCAUCAAUUUACAGAAAAAAAAUUUAUGGCUGAUUGUCCUCACACAAUUGGUGUUGAAUUCGGUACAAGAAUAAUUGAAGUUAGUGGCCAAAAAAUCAAACUGCAGAUAUGGGAUACAGCAGGACAGGAGAGGUUUAGGGCUGUUACACGAAGCUACUACAGAGGAGCUGCAGGAGCGCUUAUGGUGUAUGAUAUCACUAGAAGAAGUACAUAUAACCACUUAAGCAGCUGGUUGACAGAUGCAAGGAAUCUCACCAAUCCAAAUACUGUAAUAAUUCUCAUAGGAAAUAAAGCAGAUUUGGAGGCACAGAGAGAUGUUACAUAUGAAGAAGCCAAACAGUUCGCUGAAGAAAAUGGCUUAUUGUUCCUUGAAGCAAGUGCAAAAACGGGAGAGAAUGUAGAAGAUGCGUUCCUUGAGGCUGCCAAGAAAAUCUAUCAGAACAUUCAGGAUGGAAGCCUGGAUCUGAAUGCUGCUGAGUCUGGUGUACAGCACAAACCUUCAGCUCCGCAGGGAGGCCGGCUCACCAGCGAACCCCAACCCCAGAGAGAAGGCUGUGGCUGCUAGUGACCUCUUUGCUGUGGCUCUCAUUUGACCUUUCACCUCUGUCUGUUGGAAGCAGUACUUUUUACUGCCUCAUUGUCUUCUGUACAUCUUACUGGGUUUAAUUAAAAACAAACAACAACAACUCUGUUGUAAAAACAGUUUAACACAAUACUAAACGGCUAAACAACUAGAUGUAAUCAGGUUAUCAAAGGCAAGUAGAGUAAUCUCUCCUGCAUGGUAAAUCUAGACUUUUUUUUUCCCCCCCUUGAUUGUCCUCGUGAUAGGUUAUGUCACCAAUACGUGAUUUAAACUGAGCACUGAUGCAGGACUUCAUGAUUUUUACCCUUCCC